ACGCCAGGUUCCCAUUCUAUCCAACAUAAUUGAUCCACUGACAUAUCCUUUGUUAUUCCCAAAUGGAGACAAGGGUUGGGACAUGAACAUGGAGCAUAUUCAAGAAAAUCGUACCGUAUCACGAUUUAAGGUUACUCUUCUGCAAUAUGUAUCAUAUCGCCUUUCAGUGAGGCCCGGUUUUUCAUUGCUGCAUAGAAGCCAGAAGCUUUUCCUUCAAUAUAUUGUGGAUAUUUACGUUCGGAUUGAAAGUCAACGUCUCACAUACAUUCGAAUGAAUCAAAGCAAACUAAGGGCCGACCUCUACUGUAACGUGAUGGACUUUAUGAUUCGUGAAUCAAACGAACUUGGCGUAGUUCCGGGUAAAAUGGUCAUUCUUCCAUCCUCCUUCAUUGGUUCCCCCCGAAAUAUGCACGAACGUUACCUAGAUGCCAUGAGGAUUAUUCAAGUUUGCGGAAAGCCUUCCUUAUUUAUUACUUUUACAGCUAAUCCCAAUUGGGACGAAAUAAAAACAACUAUUCAACCCGAAAACAGGCCAGAGUAUCGUCCUGAUAUUGUUGUGAGAGUAUUCAAGUUAAAGCUGAACUCUUUAAUUGAAGAAAUUGUGAAAGGAAGGAUUUUCGGUGGAGUUGCGGCGCUCGUUUAUACAAUUGAAUUUCAAAAAAGAGGUCUUCCCCACGCUCAUAUAUUGGUGACACUUCAUCAAGAUGAUGCAAUAAGAACACCUGAAGACAUCGAUCGUUUUAUUUCGGCUGAAAUCCCUGAUCCAAGAAAAGAAGGCCAUCUAUACGCUUUAGUAACGUCUCAUAUGACUCAUUCUUGCAAUCCAAUGUGCUUACAAGAAGGAAAAUGCUCCAAAAAAUAUCCAAAAGACUUCAGUGAAAAUACUCGCGAAGCGAUCAACGGCUAUCCGAUAUACCGCCGUAGAAACAAUGGGAGGGAGAUAUGGAAAUCCAAUAACAAUCUAAUUGAUAAUCGUCGUAUCGUGCCUCACAAUCCAUAUCUUUUGCAACGAUAUAAUGCGCAUAUCAAUGUGGAAAUUUGCUCUUCCGUUAAAUCAAUUAAAUACAUUUACAAAUACAUUUACAAGGGGUAUGACGCCGGAACGCUUCACUUUACCACCGACUCAACUUCUGUAGCGUUAUCACACGACGAAAUAAACACAUUCAUCACAGGACGAUAUGUUGGCGCCCAUGAAGCUAUAUGGCGAAUCAAUGAAUUUGAAAUGCAUUAUCAAUCACACACAAUAAUCAAACUCGAAUGUCACCUUCAAAAUCAACAAAGAAUUAUAUUUAAUGAAGAUCAAAUAGGCAAUAAGUUGGUACAGGAAAACGUUCGCCAAUCCAAACUACUUGCUUGGUUCCGUCUUAAUCAAAUAGACGAAUUUGCACACCAGUACCUUUACACUGAAACACCAUUGCAUUACACUUGGUCAAAUAAUGGGCGUUGUUGGCAAAAACGCAAACAAAAUUCACCAAAGGUUGUAAGCCGCCUAUACGCUGUAAAUCCAAAAAAUUCUGAGCUUUUCCAUUUACGAAUGCUACUUCUACAUGUACGUGGUGCGAAAAACUUCGAAGACCUACGAACAUAUGAUGGCCACGUCUAUUCAACUUAUGUUGACGCUUGCCAAGCAAGAGGUAUUUCGGCCAAUGAUAUGAUUUGGUAUCAGGCUGUUGCGGAGGUUUGCGGUGCUAAAACACCCAAACAAAUUCGUCAGUUUUUCGCAAUCAUUUGUUCACUGAAUGUCCCUAAUAAUGUGGAUUUGAUAUGGAAUGAUUUCAAAUACCACAUGUAUGAAGAUUACAUCCAAACAAUGAGCCUUGAGAACGCCGAAAAUUGCGCACUUCUGGAAAUUGAAGAAAUUCUUUUGGAAAAUAAUACAACAUGUGCUCUGAUUGGUUUGCCAACACCUUCAACAAUGGCACAAAGCGCAGACGCGGACAAUAAUAGUGACACUUUUUUGGAUUUAUAUUCUCAAGCAAAUGCCGAACAGAAGUUUGUGAUUGAUACAAUAAUCCAAGCCAUAGACACCGGCAGCUCUCAACGUUUAUAUUUUCUUUCAGCAGCGGCCGGAUGCGGAAAAACUUUUAUACAACGUUCACUAAUUGCCAAACUCGGUUCAAGUUGCAUUGCUAUGGCUUAUACAGUUGCCUGUUCCCACAAGAUCAGACUCCGUUCCUGAAGUUAGACGUAAUUCUGCCAUUGCACAAAGAAUUAGAUCUUCAAAACUGAUUAUAUGCGAUGAGGCGCCAAUGAUUAGCUCUGAUGUUCUUACGGUAAUUAAUAGACUAUUUAAAGAUAUAGU